AUGCUUCCCUCAACACAUCCCGUUCCCAUUGCUCCGGUUCACAUCCUUUCCAUCUCGACCUCGCCAAUCUGUGUCUGCACAAUGGCCACCAUCCCUGCCAUUUCGAUUCAAACGCAGGCCAACGUGUCCUCACCUAAACCGACGCCGACGCUCUGCACGAUCACUGAGGCUCUGCAAGAGGUGCAUUCACAAGGCUCUGUCUUCUCCAGACUACUCCGUACCCAAGAGGCGAAUGCGAUGCGGUAA